UACAUUUUGAAAAUUGAACAUAACCUUCAGUUUAUCAACAUUAGAAACAGUAUAGCAUCAUCUGUAAUAUGACCAAUACAUUCAUCCUCAGUUUGGUGCUUUCUUUUUGUUAUAACGGAACCUAAAAAACAUCUAAGGGACUAGAAUGGAGGAGAUGAACUUUUUGAACGGUCCAUGUCAGGUCGUACCGGCUACAGAAGAAAUAACAACAGACAGAUAUGGAUACGUGAAAUUAAGGAUUCCAAAAACAGGCACAGCUGUGGAAACUGUCGAACCAAUUUCAAUUCCAGGACUAUUAACAACUACUGCCGAGAAAAAUCCAGAUAACAUAGCGUAUAUCUAUAAAAAUUUGGAGGGUAAACCUGUGGAAGUCACUUAUAAAGAAUAUCUGCAAAAAAUCCGAGAUUGUGCGAAAGCUUUCAUUCAUCUAGGAUUAGAACCACGCCAUGGCGUAGCAAUAAUAGGUUUCAAUUCACCCGAAUGGAUCAUAUCAAAUAUGGCAACUAUUUUCGCAGGAGGCAUCUCUACAGGAAUCUAUGCUACAAAUUCACCUGAAGCUUGUUUGCACUGCGCCCAGCUAAGUAAGGCUAACGUAAUCGUUGUAGAAGAUGAGAAACAAUAUGAGAAAAUCGAACAAAUACGUGAGAAAUUACCCCUGUUGAAGGCAGUCGUUCAAUAUUCCGGCACCCCAAAAAAUUCCGACGUCUUAACCUGGGAUAAACUGAUGGAAAUUGGUGCCAAACAAGACGACACACUUCUUGACAAUGCCUUGAAAAGAAUUGCCAUCAAUCAAUGCUGCACCCUGAUUUUCACAUCUGGUACAGUGGGUAACCCGAAAGCUGUUAUGUUAAGCCACGAUAACUUGGUAUUUGACAGUAGAUCGAUUUUCGAACGUAUCAAUAUAGGACCAAAGGAAGUUUUAGUCAGCUAUCUACCAUUCAGUCAUGUAGCAGCUCAAAUAAUAGACAUGUACGUUGCCACAACAGCAGCAGCCACCUUAUACUUCGCCGACAAGGAUGCACUGAAAGGUUCCUUGUUGAAAACACUGCAAGAAGCCAGACCUACCAAGUUUAUAGCCGUACCUAGGGUGUGGGAGAAGAUACAGGAGAAAAUGCUGCAUAUUGGUUCGCAGAGUGGCUUUCUCAAGAAAUCUAUAGCGAGCUGGGCCAAAGCACAUGCAUUAGAAUAUCAUCUCAAAAAAAUUCAGGGCGAAACUUCCAGCAGUUGGGGAUAUAGCAUAGCAUCGAGCCUCAUCUUAAGUAAGGUGAAACAGGCGCUGGGACUAGACAGAUGCGAUCUGUUUGUAUCAGCGGCCGCUCCAAUAUCAAUGGACGUGAAGAAAUAUUUUCUUAGUCUAGAUAUACCGCUGAUGGACGCAUUCGGAAUGUCUGAAUCUAGUGGAGCCCAUUGUUUGGGCAUACCCUCAGCUUUCAAUUUGGACACCGUCGGAGGACCAAUUCCUGGCGUCAAAACGAAAAUAGUUGCGAACGCAGAGGAAGACCAAGGGGAGAUUUGUAUGUACGGAAGACACGUGUUCAUGGGCUACUUGGACGAACCAGAAAAAACCAAGGAAACCUUAGAUUCUGAAGGUUGGUUGCACAGUGGCGAUUUGGGUCGGCAAGACGAUAAGGGAUUCCUGUACAUAACAGGAAGAUUGAAAGAAUUGCUGAUCACUGCUGGUGGUGAAAACGUUCCUCCUGUACCAAUCGAACACAUGGUCCAGAGUCAACUGCCGAAUAUCAGUUACGCAAUGCUUAUAGGCGACAAGAAAAAAUUCCUCUCGCUCCUGAUAGCGCUCAAAACGGAGGUUGACCCUUCAACAGGGGCACCGACUGCAGUUCUCACACCGGCUGUGCAAAACUGGUUGAAGAGUUUGGGAUGUCCAGCAACAACCAUCGAUGAAGUGCUCAAUGCGGGGCCCGAUCAAAAGUUAUUGGAUGCGAUUCAAGAAGGCAUCAAUAAAGUCAAUGAAAAAGCCACGUCCAACGCCCAAAAAAUACAGAAAUUCAAAUUACUUCCUUCAGACUUUUCAGUUGCAACUGGGGAAUUGGGUCCAACCAUGAAACUGAAGAGGAGAAUUGUGAUAGAGAAAUACAAGCACCUUGUCGAUUCAAUGUACAGUUGAAUUACUGUAAAAUUAUAUUUUGGGAAAUAAAGCACGUUUUUUU